UCUAUGGUAGCGCUUGAUCGCAUUUUUUUAUCACAUGCAAUUUAUAGAUUUAAUCAAUUUAAGCACGACCAACAAUAAAAAAACCUGGAGAUUAAAAUCCUAUACGGAUCAUAAAUUGUUAUACGGUACAACCAAAUACAGACAGACAGACAGACAGACCAACAAAUUUUUCAGAUUUUAAUUUAUUUUGACUCGUCUGACAUUUACGAUUUAUUUAUUUUAAGAUCUUAGUUCUUUUACUUCCAUUGAUCUAUCUAUUGAUAAGCUAACUUAUUCCUCCUCUGACAUCAUCAUACGAUCGAUCCUUACCACCACCAUGUCAUACCUAAUUGAAGAACUUAUUGAAUUACCCCAAGAUAUCAUCUAUCUUGCCACCAAUUUCACUCAUUAUGUCAAGUUUGAUCAACAAUUCUAUUACACUUUAGGUUCAAUUGCUUUCAAUCCAAUCUUUUGGAAUAUCGCUGCUCGUUUAGAAUAUAAUACUAGAAUCUUAACCAAAUUAUCAUUUGGAAGUCCAAAAUUAGGGUGUUAUGUCUUAGCUAUUACCAUUUUUUCAUUAGGGAUUUAUCGUGAUCAUGUUUAUCAACAAUUAUUACUUAAUCAACCAACUUAUCUCCCAUUUGAAGAAUCACUCAUCAUUAAAGGUUUAGCUGGUAUAGUGUUUGGAUUUGGAAAUAUCUUAGUGUUAACUUCAAUGUAUGCUUUAGGUAUUACUGGUACUUAUCUUGGUGAUUAUUUUGGUAUCUUAAUGACAGAAAGAGUUACUGGGUUCCCCUUCAAUAUUAAUGAUAAUCCAAUGUAUAAUGGUUCAACUCUUUGUUUCUUAGGUACUGCUUUAUGGUAUGGGAAACCAAUUGGAAUUGUGAUUUCAUUAUUUGUUUAUGUAAUGUAUAAAAUCGCAUUAUUAUUUGAAGAACCAUUCACAGCUAAGAUUUAUGCUGCAAGAGAUGAAGAAUUAGCUUCCAAGAAUGUUUAACAUUACUCUUGAUGUUAUUGAUGGUUUGUUAUUUUCGUGUUAUGAAAAGAUUAUAGAGUUUUAAGAAAAAUAAAAAGUACGUAAUGUUUUUAUUGACAUACAU